GUAUAGAGUUCAGUGAGAAUGACGCACGUGUCACGUAUGUAAUGAAUUGAGAGGUUAGAACGGAUUAGAACUGUGAAGUUAACUUUUACGUGUGAAAUGGGACGUAUUAAGACUGAACCGGCAAAGAAAACGCGCAAAAUAUUACGCAAAGAGAAGAGACAACGAAAGAAGAUAAAUAGAGCAGCGUUUUAUCAAAAGAAAAAUCAAAAACAAGGAAAGAAUGAUAUUGAACAGAGGCUGUCAACAAAGGCGCAAAAACGACAGAAGCCUAAAAAUAUGAAGGAAGGAAACAUGGAAAUAAAAAUGAAAAAACAAAGAAUGGAACAAUUAAAACGGGCCAAUCUAGAAGAGGAUAAAAUGAUUAAACAGUUAGAGAAACGAUUGAAGUUAAACAAACGGAAGAGCAAAUCCACUCCAAAAUCUUUCACAUCAGAUGGCUUAGAUUAUCUUUUGGAUUUCUGUGAUUCUGAGAGUAGGAGUCACAUGGUUGAAACUGAGAAACAAUUAUUAGAAACUGGAUUGAGCACUGAAUUUGAAGAGGAUUUGAAUAUAGCUAUUGGUGCUGAAGAUAAUAUCGAGGAUGAAGAUGAAAAAUUAGAUAGAGAAAGUAACAUAGAUAAUAAUGAAGACUUUGAACAAGAUAUGGACAAUGAAAGUCUUUUGACUAAUGAAAAUUCAGGUCAAGAUGAUAGUGAAGAUAUUUCUCUAGAAGAGACAAAUAGUAUAAAUGUUGAAACUGAGAAAUAUUCAACAGCAAAUGAUGAGGAUGAGACAGAGAAUGAAAAGUCGAGACAUGCAUUAGAGCAAUUAGAUGAUAGUGAAGGCUUGUGGGAAGAUAUUUAUGGUAGGCAAAGAGAUAAGAAAGGCAAUAUUGUAUCAAAGAAAUAUGUACCACCUGCUGCACGUAUUACAAACAUAGAUAUCUCUGUUGGCAGUGAGAAAGCUCAUAGAUUGGAAAGGCAAUUGAAAGGUAUCCUAAAUAGAUUGGCAGAGCAAAAUAUGCAUACUAUUGGGAAUCAGGUAGAGGAAAUGUAUAUGUUAAAUAGUCGUAAUAACAUGAAUGUAAUGUUAUCCAAAUUAAUGAUGGAAAGUAUAGUUGUACCAGUACUAACUCCAGAUGGACUUAUCUGUGAACAUAUGAUGUUGAUUACUAUAUUACAUGCAAAUAUUGGUACAGAAGUUGGUGCACAUUUUUUGUUGACUAUUAUAAGAAAGCUCCACCAGAUGUUAGAAGAAUCGCAUUGUGUUGAGAAUAAAGAAUUAGAUAAUAUGAUCCUUAUGAUUUCACAUCUAUAUAAUUUCAAGGUAUAUGGUCAUCAGCUUUUGUAUCAAAUAUUAGAGAAAUUGGUAGAAAAAUUCACAGAGAAAGAGAUUGAACUAAUUUUACUGAUUUUAAGAACAGUGGGUUUUCAAUUAAGAAAAGAUGAUCCAAUUGCAUUGAAAGAACUAAUAUUAAAUUUGCAACAAAAAGCAAACAAUGCUACUCUGGAAAAUUCAAGAGUCAAAUUUAUGUUAGACGUAUUACUGGCACUAAAAAAUAAUAACAUGAGCAAAAUACCUCAGUACGAUCCAUCUCGGAUAGAACAUUUGAAGAAAAUUUUAAAAAAUUUUAUCCAUAAGGGUAAUAGCGUUACACAAUUUAAUGUAACUCUAGAAGACUUAUUAGAAGUUGAUGAAAGAGGAAAAUGGUGGAUAAUAGGAUCAGCCUGGUCUGGCCUCAAAGAUAUUACUAAAUUCGAAAAGUCCUCAGAAGACAAGAAACGAAAAUACGGCGAGAAAAUAUUGGAGUUGGCACAAAAGCAAAGGAUGAAUACUGAUAUUAGAAGAGAUAUCUUUUGCGUGCUAAUGACAGCUGAAGAUUAUUUAGACGCGUUUGAGAAGAUUCAUCAUCUUGGUUUGAAAAAUCAGCAGCAAAGGGAAGUAAUUUAUGUUAUCCUCAAUUGCUGCAUUCAAGAGAAAAAAUUUAAUCCUUAUUAUGCAGUACUUGCACAAAGAUUAUGUGACUCUGACAGAAAAUAUCAGUUAACUAUACAGUAUGCAUUGUGGGAUAAAUUGAAGAUAUUAGAAGAUUUAAAUACAAAACAGCUAACAAAUCUAGCAAAGUUCUUGACCCACCUAUUUUUAGGCAAAGGUCUCCCUCUUUCUGUUUUAAAAGUGGUCCAAUUUAUUGAAUUAGAUAAACUAACCAUGAGACUUAUACGACAAAUUAUGUUAGGAAUAUUGUUACAUGAAAAUGAAGAGGCCUGUUUAGAAGUGUUUGGAAGAAUAUCCUUAUCUCCAAAGUUGCAAACUUUUAGAGAAAGUCUUAGAUUAUUUAUAAAUCAUUUCCUCGUAAAAAAUACCAGUGCUAAUGAAAACUUGCAGAAACAAAGUGAAUUAUUGAAUAAACGGGCAGAAUGGGUAGAUAAAAUAUUAAGUACUCGAGAAUCAAAACUUAUAUUUUAAAAUUUUAUAAUAGAUGUAUAUGUAAAAUAUAUGUAAAAUAUAUGUA